AUGAAAUUGGGUAGUACCAAUGGAAGCACUUAUAGCAGGCCUAAAUUGGGAGCACUGAGGUCAAGUUACUCGAGUUUGAGGUCACCAAAAAGUGUCUUGAGCGGAGGAGGGUUCAGCACAAACUUCUAUGACAAAGAUAGCAAACCGAAAAAAUCCAGAUCAAGAAAACAGACAUCCAAUUAUUAUGGAUCCAGUAUAAACGGGACACCAAAAAUGGACUACCUGAAGAAGCGUACUCCGAAUUACACGGAUCUCGCCUAUAGGGAAGCCGUGACUCGUCUUAGAUAUCUGAUGAACGAAAACUAUAGUCCUGUUAGAUCGAAGUACACCCCUGCUGAUUCUGGAGAAGAAACCGAUGAUAAAUCUUUCCUUGGUAUCGAUAGAUAUCCUUACAGGACUUUUAGUGGAAGCAGACUUUCAAGGAGAUAUCCUAUUUUAUCUAAGGAGAAUGUUAACAUACUUAGACCGACGUUGAAUAAUCAAAUCACAACCAGCAGCCCUGCCACAAAUAUUGAUGCUGCAUCUCAAGAUGGAAAGUUUUCAACUGAUACCAGUAAGGCGCCUCCGGAACUGAUGACCUUUAUUGAGAAACAAGAGGAAUAUAUUGAACAACUAGAGAGGGAAUCACAGUAUUGCAGGGAUGAAUUAUCAGGACUGUUGAGUAAAGUCAAAGACGUGAUAAGCGAAAAUGAAUCUUUGCACGAAAAGCAAAAGGAUGGAUUUAUUCGUAGCAUUUUCGAUAAUAUACACGAUUCAGAGACUGAAGAUUCUAAUGAAUCAGAUGCCAAGACAGUCCAGAUAAAAGAAAAACCAUCGAAAAAAAUCCAGUUGGAAGGCCCUAGUAUCGUGUUUGAAUCUCGUAUCAGUGAAUUGGAAGCACAACUGACUCAAUAUAAAAUUGACUUGAAAAAACUGCAAGACGAAAACGAAUCUUUAAAGAAAAAAGAAUGUGUGGAUUGUUACCAUAGUGACCCAAGUUGCAAAGAAGGAUACAGAAAACAGAUAGAUAAUUUGCAAAGAUAUUAUAAGCAUGUUUCAGAGAUAUAA